AUGCCCGCCCUCAUCUCCUCCCUCGCCCUGCGCACCCUCCGGACGCUCGUCCAGCGUCCCUCUCCGGCCGUCGCCACCACCACCCCCAUCCGUUCCAUCAAGACUGCUGCCACUGCUGCUGCUGUCCGCCGAUUCACCCCCGUCCUCCGCACGCCCACCGCUCUCGCAGCCCUCACCACCAGAACACCCACUUCACGAAUCGCCUUCGCCGCGCGCUCCUUCUCCACCUCCCCGGUUAGGCCAGCGACCUACAACCAAGUCCGCCGCGGCUGCCGCGUGGCGCAGAAGGCCCGGCGCUCGCGGUCGCCCGCCGUGACCGGCCGCGCCCAGAUGAAGGGUGUCUGCCUCAAGACCGGUAUCACGAAGCCCAAGAAGCCCAAUUCCGGGGAGCGGAAGACGGCCCGUGUGCGGCUGAGCAGCGGCAAGGUUGUCACGGCUUAUAUCCCUGGUGAAGGUCACAAUAUUCAGCAGCACAGUGUCGUCAUGGUCAGAGGUGGCAGAGCCCCCGAUUGUCCCGGUGUGAAGUACCACUUGGUUCGUGGGGCUAUGGAUCUGGGUGGUGUUCCCAACCGCUUGACGGCCCGAUCUAAGUAUGGUACGAAGAAGCCCAAGACGGACUAA